CAAUAUCCAAUAGUCGAAUGGUUGUUAAUGUCCAUGAGAGUUUGAAUCUGAAAAAAAAAACGUAAUCUUCCACGUUUGACGAUCCAACAUGGCGACGAAGAUGAAAGGUUUCUAUGCCAUAUGUCUAUGUUGGCUGCUUACCAUUCCUUUGGAUGUUAAAGGUUUUUAUGUACCAGGUGUGGCACCAGUUGAAUUUGCUGAUAAACAAGAUGUAGAAGUCAAGGCAGUCAAAAUGACCAGUGUAAAGACUCAGCUACCUUAUGAAUACUUCUCCCUUCCCUUUUGUGCACCUAGUGAGGGAGUUGAAUACAAAGCAGAAAACCUAGGAGAGGUAUUAAGAGGGGACAGGAUUGUAAACACAGCUUAUAAGGUGAAAAUGAAUGAUAAUAAAGCCUGUACCUCUUUGUGCACUGCAGUGGAGUUUGAUGAGAAACAGACAAAGGCAAUAUUCAAAAGGAUUGAGGAGUCUUACUACGUUCAUUUGAUUGUGGACAAUUUACCAUGUGCUACAAAGUUUGAGACACUGGACACAAAGGAAGUCCAGUAUGAACAUGGAUACAAAUUGGGCUUUCAGGUGGAUAAAAAGACCUAUAUCAACAACCAUUUGAAGCUGAUCUUGAGUUAUCAUUUGGACACCACCAUACCUGAACAACCAACAUACAGAGUUGUUGGUUUUGAGGUUGAAACAAGAAGUAUAGGUGCUGGGGAAGUAGCAAUUAGUGAUGGGAAAUGCACAGACUUUGAUCCAGUAAAGAAACAGUAUAAGUUCCAGGAAAUUCCACCUUCAGGUAAAGUUAAAGUACAGUUCACCUAUGAAGUUGUCUGGAAGCCCAGUGAGGUGAAGUGGGCCUCCCGAUGGGACACAUACCUCACCAUGAGUGAUGUCCAGAUUCACUGGUUCUCCAUUAUCAACUCUGUGGUGGUUGUCCUCUUCUUAGCAGGUAUCUUGACAAUGAUCAUCAUUAGAACACUGAGAAGAGACAUAGCCAGGUACAACAAGGAUGAAGAAUUUGAGGAUACCCUAGAGGAGUCUGGUUGGAAGUUGGUCCAUGGAGAUGUGUUUAGGCCUCCCAGACAUAACAAGCUGUUUGCUGCCCUGGUGGGGUCUGGGGUACAGAUCUUCUGCAUGUCAUUUGUCACAGUAGUGUUUGCAAUGAUGGGGAUGUUGUCUCCAGCUUCAAGAGGUGCACUCAUGACAGCCGCCAUCUUCCUCUUUAUGUUCAUGGGGGUUAUUGGAGGUUUCUUCUCUGGCAGACUGUAUAAGACCAUGAAAGGUCUGCAGUGGAAGAGCACUGCCAUGCAGACUGCAUUAUUAUACCCAUCCAUUGUGUACUGCAUUUGUCUUCUUCUCAACUUUUUCAUUUGGGGAAAGAGGUCCUCAGGAGCUGUGCCUUUUAGCACCAUGAUUGCUCUGCUGGCCAUGUGGUUUGGUAUAUCUCUGCCACUCAUAUUCCUUGGAUAUUACUUUGGCUACAGAAAACAGCCAUAUGAACACCCUGUGCGUACCAAUCAAAUUCCUAGGCAAGUUCCUGAACAAAUGUGGUACAUGCAUCCAUUGCUCAGCACACUGAUGGCUGGUCUGCUACCAUUUGGUGCAAUGUUCAUAGAGUUGUUCUUUAUUUUCACUGCAAUCUGGGAAAACCAGUUUUAUUAUUUAUUUGGAUUUCUUUUCCUGGUUUUCAUUAUCCUCAUCAUCUCUACAUCACAAAUUGCCAUUGUGAUGACCUAUUUCCAGCUGUGUGCAGAGGACUACCACUGGUGGUGGCGGUCAUUUUUGGUAUCCGGAGGAUCUGCUCUCUAUGUAUUAGGUUACUCUAUAUUCUACUUCGUCACUAAGCUUGAAAUCACUGCAUUCAUUCCCACUCUGCUGUACUUUGGUUAUACCAUCAUCAUGGUAUUCACAUUCUGGUUGCUGACGGGCACAGUUGGCUUCUAUGCCACUUACUUUUUUGUGAGGAAAAUUUACGGAGCCAUUAAGAUAGAUUAAUAUCAGCAAAACAGAAGGAAAAUCUAGCAACUUAUGAAUAACAGUAGAAUCUGUCAAGAAUUUUGUUGGAUGCCUAAGACUGCAAAUUACCUUCUUGGCUGGGAGACUGUAAGCAUGAACAUGGAUGGUGUAUAUUUUGUAUUAUAUGAAUAUUUAAUAAUGAUAUUUCAUAUCAUUUAAGAUUUCUCUUAGAAUAUACUGCAGAUUGUGAAAUUUGACAAGUAAAUGUAUAUUUGCUUACUCAGUGGGAUUGCUUGGACUUUUAUGGAACAAAGAUGUCUUGGUUUAAAUUUGGACUACUAGGUGAAUUAUUUUAGUUUAUAUAAAAGGUCAAAACAUACUUAAAUGUUUAGUUGUAAAUGUAGUGGACAUUUCGAUAUUUUUUCUGAAUGCAGCAUUGCCUCUGUAUAGAUGACAGUAUUGACAUUGUUGGAAGAUCUGUUUUCUGUGCUGUUUAACCUUAGCUGUACAUAAAAAGCGCUGCAGGGUGUUGUAAAAUCAUGUGAUAUUUUGUUACCAAAGCUUGGUCUUAGUAUGAAGUACCCUUAAAAGAAAGGCACCUCUAACAAUUCAGUUGUUUUUUGUUUACUUCUUCAUUCACUUUGGAUGUAUUUUUUAUUUGGAAUAUUUUAUUAAAAUUUGGCUAUUAGUAUGGAAUAAGACGUAGGUGUCAAUACAAGGGGCUUUUUCAGGUUACAAGUGGUGUUUUGGAUGGUUGGACAUUAUAUUCAAGUUCAGCACAUGGUGAGAAUAAAAUGGGAUGCUUUUAUUAUUA